AUGAAAUGGUAUUGUGCCUUGACCGAUCAUGUUUCGGUUUUGCGAGAUGACUACACAAGGCAUCAAGAUGGCGUCUCUGGGUUGCCGGAGGGACUAGAAGACGCCAUUCUUACGCUUUAUAGGGAAGUCCUCAUGUACCAGAUAAAGAGUGUGUGCUCUUACUACAACAACCAAGGUAUCAAUUUUGCUCGCAAUCUCCUCAGGAUGGACGACUGGCACGGCCUGCUGCGGGCGGUGAUGAAUGCAGAGCAGACACUGCAGACGAAUUUGACAAAUUGCCACUACGUCUACAUGGAAGAUGCAGUGGAUAAAAUGAGCGAUGUAAUGGAUAAGAUCGCCGAUGAAGCCAAGAAUAUGAAGGAUUUGCUCGGAGACAUUUCGUUGAACCUUGGACAAUACGUCACGAAGAUGAUGUCAGACAACAAAGCCGACGAAUGCUUGCAGAGUUUCUAUGUAAUGAAUCCCACUGCUGAUAAAGACAAUAUUGAGAACCGAAAGGGAGGACUAUUAGAUGGUAUAUCGGACUGGAUUUUUGAAACCAAGGAGCACAAAGAGUUCAUAAACUGGGCCACCCCUUUGGUUGACAAUCCAGCACCUCGACUGAUGUGGAUCAGGGGAGAGCCUGGCACUGGAAAAACGAUGCUCUUGAUGACAAUUAUCAACAAAUUCUCAAGCAACCCGCCCUCUCUUUCACCCGGUGUAUGUUACUUCUUCUGCCAAGGCAUCGAGAAGGACCUCCGCGACGCGACUACCACCUUGAGAUGCUUGGUCUGGCAGCUUCUCAUUCAACAACCAGAUCUAAUCACACAUGUACAGGAAAUUCACCGUAGGGAGGGAUCUGCAGCGUUUCAGGGAAGCAGCGCAUUCUUUGCAAUUUCCAACGCGUUCAAAAGCAUGCUAAAGGAUGAAAACCUGCGCCCCAUGUAUUUUGUCGUUGAUGCCCUUGAUGAAUGCAAGCAAAGCGUGGCAGACCUACGGAAUUUCAUCUUGGAUUCUCUAAAAAUCUGCAGCAGGGUAAAAUGGCUUGUUUCCAGUCGACCAUCUAUCCAGCUCCAGACUUCUCAUGUGAUUCAUUUGGACAAGGAUCGCCUGACAGUUCCUGUGGCCACUUUCAUCAGGCACAAACUUUCGACACUGAAGGAAAGAGAGGGAUAUAAUGACAAUAUUUUGACUGAAAUUAAGAGAGAAGUUUCAGAAAAAGCUGAAAAUACCUUCCUUUGGGUAGCUCUUGCACUUGCACAGCUUGAUGAACACGACCACUCCGGAUACGCGUGGCAUGGAGCCAAGGCUCUGGAAAUUAUUAGAGCUAUGCCGUCAGGACUUACAGAAUUAUACGAUCACAUUCUGGAGCGUAUCGAGAGCGAAUAUGACGCAGACGAAUGCAAACAACUCUUGGCAGCUGCUGCAUUCGCCUAUCGCCCCCUUACACUCUCAGAUCUGGACCUCUUUGAUGUGCCCGAGGAAAUGCAUAAACGAAUCAUCAAGAAGUGCAGCUCAUUUCUUACACUCACGGAUAAAACACUUUAUCCAGUUCAUCAAAGUGCUAAAGAGUACCUAGACAGAACCUUUAAGUCUAAGCUCCAGCCGGAUAGAACUGUACCCGAAAAACACUGGGAUAUUGGCAGGCGUUCCAUCGAAAAAAUGUCAUCAAUCCUGAACAAAAGGAAUAUAUAUGAGAUCGAGUUUGGCACCGAAGCAAAAGAUAUCAAGCUACAAGAUCCCGAUCCGCUACAACCCGUGAAAUAUGCAUGCGUAUUCUGGGCUGACCACAUCUGCCUGGGGAACGACAACAGCGAAGACUUCAAGAAGGCACUCGCCGAUGAUGGAAUGAUACACGUAUUUUUAAAAGAGCGGCUUCUCUUUUGGCUCGAGAGCUUGGCCCUCAUGGGACAGUUGCCAAAAGGAUUGUCGUCUAUAAGAGAGCUUAACCGUUUUGUCCAGAUCUAUAACCCUAAGGGUGGUCUGGCUACUUCCUUGGACGAUAUCGUCAGGUUUGUGAGUAGCCACAUAACAAUCAUUCGACGAGUCCCCUUGCAAGCAUAUGGGGCGGCACUUGUGUUCAGCCCCAGAUCAAGCGAGGUACUAGAGUCACAUUGUAGCAAACGUUUGCCGUUUAUCGAAAAAUCUAAAGGCACUACCGACCACUGGGAUGAGCAUCUUCAGACACUUGAGAUCCGCGCCGGUUGGGUUUGGGACGUACAAUUCUUGCAGGACGGUAUGACGCUGUGUUCAGUAUCUCCGGGAAUGAUCUCGCUCUGGGAUGUAAACACUUGGACACUCAAGAAGACGUUAGAGAUCGAGCAUGAAAAAGAGGACUUGUUACGUUUAUCCUUGUCAAAGGAUGGAAGAUACCUCCUGGUAGCUUCAUGGGUUCGUCCGGUAGAGGUUUGGGACACCCACACCUGGGUGCAAGAGCGACUACUUGACUCUCAAUCUGGCGGUGUCCAUGUCUUGGCAUUCUCGCCUGAUGGUUUGACGCUGGCGAUAGACGCAGAAAAGGGGAUCGAGCUCUGGGAUGUAAGGACAUGGACACUCAAGCAGGUGCAUGAGAACCCCAGGACUGCGAGUCCUGCCAUGGCAUUCUCUAGUGACAGCAAACUACUGGCGACAGGUUCAAGUACUACAUAUGGAGUAGUCGUGGUUUGGGAUGCGAAUACCGGCGAAAUUUUGGAAACACUGGUCCACGAGCAGGACCGCCGUAAAGGUAGCAUAACGAGCGUGGCAUUCUCGCCGGAUGGCACGACGCUAGCAGCGGGCACGUUCAAGCAAAUUAUUAUGCUUUGGGAUGCCAAGAAUUGGUCAUAUAAGUGGACGCUCGAGGGACAUGGAAGGGAGGUAAACUUGUUGCAGUACUUCAAAGAUGGAUCGAUGCUGGCAUCAGGCUCACAUGACUCAACGAUUCGAAUCUGGGAUGUGAAGACCGGGACUCUUCAGCGGAUAUUUAGAGGUCAUGAAAACUUGGUUCUUGGCCUGACACUUUCGCCUGACAAUAAGAUGCUGGCAUCAGGGUCAUUUGACGGAACGGUCAGAAUUUGGGAUACAAACACAGCCAAGGGUCUGUCGCCUGUUCAAAAUGAUUGGGGGGAGAACUGGCUCAGUUUCUGGUUUUCCCAAAAGAUUGCAUUCUCAAAUGACGGCACGCUGUUGGCGUCGGCGUCGAAUUCUACUAUUCUUCGAAUAUGGGAUGCCCAGGAGGCUAUCUGUCUGCAUAGUCUCGAGGGCCAUGACAACAUGAUCCAGGCAGUCGCAUUUUCAUCCGACGACACUAUCCUAGCAUCGGGAGGUGAAGACCGAUAUAUUAUGCUCUGGGACACAGAUCGAUUGUCGCACCGAAAAAUCACCGGGCCCCGUAUACGUUCUGUUGCUGACCUUGCCUUUUCACCAAAUGGCGCCAUACUAGCUUCAGCCGACAAUGGCGAAGUCCAGCUCUGGGAUACGACCACAGGAACUUUGCUGCGGCUUCUUCCAGCUGUUUGGGGUCUCCGCAGUUUAGAAUUCUUUUCCAAUGAUAUGUUAUUAGGAACGAACGGGUCCCUGAGUUCCGGCAAGUGCUGCGUGCACUUCUGGAAUAUCGGCACUGAAGCGCACUCGCAGGAAGGAAUCGAUGUCGAGGAGGAGUUCACCAGUUUCCGGUAUCACUUCCCAUCCAGGACUCCGUUCCCCAACGCAAAUAUGCUCAUGUCUAGGACUGGGUCAGCACCGCUUUCGGCUUUCGCCACUGAACUUGGCCAAAAUGCUGACCAGGCCCCGCCACAAUAUAACUUGCAUUUCCACGAUGAUGGGUGGAUGAUUCUGGAUAACCAGAAGAUUCUCUGGUUGCCUCCAGAUUAUCGAGUCACAGCAGUGGCUAUAUAUGACAACAGAAUUGUUUUGGGUCACGUGUCGGACGAGUUAACAUUUUUAACAUUGAGACUCCCAACAGCGGAUUCAAAGAAAAAUAAGGUGUUUUGA